AUGGCGGGUUCGUUGAUGAAGCGCAUGUCUUCUUCGUUUAAGAAGAAGAAAUCCAUCAUCAAAGAUGACGACGACGAGACGAACGCAUCUGCAUCGUCCUCGUUUCCGUCGUCGUCUGUAUCGUCGAACGAGGAGAAAAAGAUGACAGGUGGUGGUGGUAAUACGAAGACUAAUACGAAUGGGAGUGAUUACGUGGCACCGAAGAAAAGAAACGAGUUUACGUUUACGCUCCCGUCGUCCUCGGACGAACGGGACCAGAAGUGGGACGUCAUCAUCGUUGGCGCCGGCGUCGCGGGGGCUUCGUUGGCGUGCGUGUUAGGCGACGAAGGGAGGAAAGUGUUGUGCGUGGAACGAGACGCGACGACGCCGGAAAGAAUCGUCGGGGAGUUGUUACAACCGGGCGGGUAUAAGAAAUUGAAAGAGUUAGGUUUAGAAUCGUGCGUGGAGAACAUCGACGCGCAGAAAGUGUACGGAUAUACCAUGUAUAAAGACGGGGAGGAGGCGACGAUGAUGUAUCCGCUGGACGAGCAAUCGCUGAACGAUGAUAUCGCCGGGAGGUCGUUUCAUAACGGGAGGUUCGUGCAACAGUUGAGAAGGAAAGCGUACGGGAAUAAAAACGUGACUUUGAGAGAAGGGACGGUGAAGUUUUUAGUGAAAGAAAACGGGGAGACGUGGAACGACGAGGCGAACGACGGUGGCGUCGCCGGCAUCGCGUACGACAUCGGAGGCGACGAGUGGGUGAACGGGCAAUUAGUCGCAGGAAAGGAGAAACCGAAAAGGUUUACGUCCUACGCGCCGUUGACCAUCGUGUGCGAUGGGCACUUUUCCUCUUUGAGGAAAAAGUUAGCGGAUAAUAAGAUUGAUCACCCUUCGCACUUUGUCGGGUUGAUUUUAGACGGCGCGCCGAGCGAAAUUUUAGGCGAAAACGCGAAUCAAGGCCACGUGGUUUUGGGAGAUCCAUCUCCGGUUUUGUUCUACCCGAUCUCCUCGAAAGAAGUUCGGUGUUUGGUGGAUAUUCCUUCACACGUGAAAAUGCCUCGCGUCAAAGACGGGUCGAUGGCGAAGUACGUCUUGGAGAAAAUUUUACCACAAGUUCCUAAGCGCGUGCAACCGUAUUUGAAAAUUGCCGUCGAACGCGGCGACUUUAAGGCAAUGCCGAACAAAACGAUGCCGGCGAAUCCGAAGCGAACAAAAGGGGCAGUUUUGCUCGGGGAUUCGUUUAACAUGCGCCAUCCGUUGACCGGGGGUGGCAUGACCGUCGCUUUGAGCGACAUCGCCACCUUCAAAUCGACGCUACAACCGUUGGGUCCGUCUUUCCGCGACGGCCAGUCGGACGCGUACAACAUCUCCGGCAUACAAAAAGCCGUCGACGAAUUCUACGCGCACCGAACGCGACCGGCGUUAACCAUCAACACCUUGGCCAACGCCUUGUAUAAAGUCUUUACCAAAUCCGAAAACUCCGGCAUGGAAGAGAUGCGCAAAGCGUGCUUUCAAUACCUCAAGCUCGGCGGUGGAUACGCUCGAGGUCCCAUCGCCUUACUCUCCGGUUUAGACCCGAACCCUUUGAAUUUAGUCACGCAUUUCUUCGCCGUCGCGGUGUUUGGCAUGGGUCGUUUACUCGUCCCGCUCCCGACUCCCGAACGGUGUUGGGAAGGCUUGAAAGUUUUAAGCGGCGCGACGCAAAUCAUCGUCCCCAUCGUCAACGGCGAGGGAAUUUUACGCAUGUUCUUCCCGGCAACCAUUCGAAGACGUUUGGGAUACAUCUGA